GACAGAGGAGGCAAAGAGAGAGAGAGAGAGAGAGAGAGGACACAUCACGGUAUCAUCACGCUGCCUGGAAGAACAGGCUUAUAGUUCAUUAUUUAUUGCACACUUUGCAUGACCUUAGUGUCCACAUUGAGCUUUUUUAUUAGAGUUAUUGCUUAUGAUUGUGAUGGUUGUUACAGAUGUUGUGCAGAUGCGCUGGAAUGAGGCAUUAGUCUGAAUUAGUCUCAGAAGUUGUGACCAGACGUUUUGGGAAUAAAAAUGGAACAAAGAAAAGUUUAAACGGGAAAAGCAGAGGUUUUGUGUCCGUAUGGACGGGAAAGCAGCAGCGGAUCUUCUUCACCCAGGGAGCUGGACUUCGUCAUCUUCUCAGAAAUAAAAUAUCCAUAACUAUCUUUUUCUUCAUUUAAACAGUGCGAUUUUCACUGGAUGUCAAGUGGAACUACAGGAAUUUGGAUGUGAAAAAAAUUUAAAUAAAAGGCGAUUAGAGAUGGAAAUGUCUAAUUUCUUUUAAAACCCCGGGAUCACCGCACCUUCAUUCGGAUUUAUCAUGAUUUUAUUAAAUAUUCUGGCACUCCUUGUUUUAGCGGACGAGGUGGCUGCUUUUGAGAAUGUGGAUUGGACGGGGCCCAUGGACUGUUUACGUGCGAGCGAGAUGUGUAACCAGAACGCGCAGUGCAGCUCACGUUUCCGUAUCAUGCGCCAGUGCCUAGUUGGCCGGGACCGCAGUGCCAUGCUGGAGAAUAAGGAGUGUCAGGUGGCCCUGGAAGUCCUGCAGGACAGCCCGCUGCACCACUGCCACUGCAAGAGGGGCAUGAAGAAGGAGCUGCAGUGCCUGCAGAGCUACUGGACCAUCCACAUGAGCCUCAACGAAGGAGAAGAACUUUACGAGACGUCCCCUUACGAGCCAAUGCAUUUCUCAGAUGAAUUCCGACUCGCUUCGAUUAUUUCAGCCAUGGACUCGGUCUCCUCCAAAGGCACCGUAUGUCCCGAGUCUGUGAAUUCCUGCAAUCCGUGUCUGGAUGCUGCAAAAGCGUGUAACCUGAACGCCGUGUGUAAGCGCCAGCGCUCGGCCUACGUCACCGCGUGCAGCCGUUCUGCGCCCAUCGCGCCCUCGCCCGAGCCGUGCAGCCGGAAACGCUGCCACCGGGCUCUGCGCCAGUUCUUCGAACGCGUGCAGAACGAUCUCAGCUACCCGCUGCUGUUCUGCUCUUGCCGGGACAAAGCGUGCGCCGAGCGACGACGUCAGACCAUCGUACCCACCUGCUCUUUUGAGGAAAAGUCCAAACCGAACUGCCUCGAGCUCCGGAGGAUCUGUCGAUCAGAUGCACUCUGCAGAUCCAGAUUGGCAGACUUCCACAUGAACUGCCAGACGACUCCGCACUCGAUAACGAGCUGUCCUAAUGACAACUACCACGGCUGUCUCGUGUCCUACGUUGGGCUCAUAGGAUCAGACGUGACCCCGAACUAUGUGGAUGCCAACCAUGCCAACAUCACCAUAUCGCCAUGGUGCAGUUGCCGUGGAAGCGGUAACCAGGAGACAGAGUGUGAAGCUUUCCUGCGUGACUUCAGAGAGAACGCAUGUCUAAGAAACGCAAUCCAGGCAUUCGGUUACGGAGUGGACGCCGGUUUCCUCCCGUUCACCGAAUCUCAUACCGUCGUCCCAUCUGAAAAACCCCACCUUCAUCCUGCCAUUAUCACUAAACCCGACAUCAUGACCAACGACGUCAAACCAGUCGAGAACGCGUGUCUUUUCUCCACAUGCGCUAAUCUUAAGGAUGGUACGGAGAAGUGUUCUCCCUCCAGCAGUUUUGAAUGUGCAGAUGAGACCAUCCUGGACUCCAGCCUGGACGGCUCCGUCGGCUCGCACCAAUCCGAGAACGACAGACACUCGUCUGCAUAUCUCUCCGGCGUCUCCAUGGCAACCAUCGUCCUGUCCGUCGUACUUGCCAUUCAGGUCGUGUAAAUAAAUCUCCCGAGUCCACAAGGACCAAAACAAUCAGAUGGACACCUUCAGUCCAAACCCUGACAUUGAUCUUUGUCAUUCUCUUUCUCUUUCGCUCUCUUUUUCUGUGUGUCUUACACGCCAUUUUUAACAAUUGUUGUCAAAUUGAAGAGAACCAGCAACCGCGGAUGUGUAGUCCUACAGCACAGAAUGGGUAUCUCCACGUCCCCGUUAGCUUAGC